AUGUCUCAACAAGAUGCUAUUGAACAUUCAUCAUCACAAAAUAAUUCCGAGAUGACGAUCAGUAUAAUUUCUCUCCCCACAGAGUUAAUAUUGGAUAUUUAUUCGUAUUGCAAUUUGGAUGAUUUACGUAAUUUGCUGAUUUCCUCAUCACUAGUUUAUGAAUUUUUGAAAAGUUCGGAAGCCUACAGGGUGUGGAUGAUCCAAUUGAAAUAUCUUCAAAAUCUAAGACGAAACUUGAGUAAGACAAAGAGGAAACAAUUCAAGAAUAAUUCUUUCAUGGAAUUGAGCGAUGAUUUUGAAAAAGUUGGAAAGAAUAAUUGCAUUGAAAAUAGAACGACAAUUUUGAUGAAAGUCAUUCGUAAACAGCAACAUUAUUAUAUUUUGAAAGAUUUGGAAAGAAAUCGUUCGGGUAUGUUAGAGAAAUUCCAUGCAAGACCAAGGUAUUUCGAGGAUUUUAAGCAUUUAUUACUUGAAAAUUAUUAUCUUUGCAGAGAUCCUCUUUCGAAUAGAUAUUUAAUGGAAUAUGACCCAUUCUAUUUAUUUAAACAUUUCCCUCAUGCUACCAAUUACUUUUUCCUACCAAUUUGCAGAUUUAUAUUUUUGAAAUAUACCUCCAACUCGUUGAGAAUUGCCAGUCCAUUCCUCCAAGCAUGGAAAAAAAUGUCAAAUGAUAAAUUGGAACCAAAUGUCAAAAUUUGGAAGGAAUAUUUCAAGAGAUGCUUUCGAAAGGAUAUUCAAGCUAUAGUUUUGGCCUAUUUCCAAAUGCCCUAUCAAUUACAUGAUGGAAAAUAUAAAACUGCUGCAGAAUUGGUGGCCAUUGACAAAACUAAAUGGUUAUCACACUUCACUGAAGAGUUUGAAUGUGAUUCACAAUUCAAAUUUCUAAAUGAUCAUGGUUGGAUUUCUACAAUUGAAAGCUGGUAA